CGCUCCGCUGCAUGAAGUAGGCGGAGCCGCCGAGAGGAAGAGAUGCUGGAGACCGAGGAAACCGCAGAGCUCCGACUACCAGACAACACAGGGGGGGUAAAGUGAAACCGAACCGAGUCGAACUGAGCUUGAUCGCCGCCUCGCCGCCAGAGAGAGGGCUGUCCGCAUCUCGUUGAGCUGUGAGGGAUCUGUGGGGCAGAUGGAGAAAAAAGAGAGCCCGUCCGGUUCGGAUGCUGCGGACAGUUCUGCAGGUUCUCAUGUGGAGUGGUGCAAGCAGCUAAUCGCAGCCACCUUAUCCAGUCAGAUCUCAAGAACUGUCCAACCAGAUGUUCUGAACAGGGAUACCAAGGUCUCCAGAAGGCUGAGCACCUGGAGAUCAGAUGAUGAGGAUGAUGAGGGGCUUUAUUGCCAUGAAGAAUAUGAUUUGAACUUUCCUGCUAACGCUUUGAAUCGUCCCACUCUGGGAUUCGCUGCGCUUGCCAAAUUCUCACACAACCAGGUGCCUCUUCUGCCGGGAGAAACUGUUCAGACCACAGUUGAAGACAUUAUGUAUAUCUGUCCAUUCAGUGGUCUGCUUACUGGCACUCUGACCAUCACAGACUACAAGCUUUAUUUUACCAGUUCGAUAAAGGGCUCUUCCUUUAUUCUCGAUGUGAACCUGGGAGCUAUUAGCAAACUGGAGACCAUCAGAGAAGCAAAAAAGGAAAAUCAACAAGAAGAAAAUAAGGCCAAAGGAAUUGAACUGGUCUGUAAGGACAUCAGGAGUAUCAGGUUUCCCUUUAAAGCAGAGGAGAGCGAGCCAGAGAUGGUGGAUUUGCUGACCAAACAUGCGUUCCCUCUCUCCUCAGGCCUGCCUUUAUUCGCCUUCAAGUAUAAGGAUCAGUUCCCUGUGGACGGCUGGAAGGUCUAUGAUCCGACAGCAGAGUACAAUCGACAGGGUCUUCCAAAUGAGAGCUGGAGCAUCAGUAGGAUGAACCUUCACUACGAGCUGUGUGACACCUACCCCUCCAUCCUGGUACUGCCCAAGAACAUGACAGAGGAAGACAUCAAGCAGGUGGCGUCGUUCAGAGCCAAGCGCCGCCUGCCGGUCUUGUCCUGGAUCCACCCAGAGUCUCAGGCAACUAUAAUGCGCUGCAGCCAACCAUUAGUCGGACCUCAGGACCGUCGCUGCAAAGAGGACGAACGCUUCCUCCAAACCAUCAUGGAUGCCAAUGCACAGUCCCACAAGCUCACCAUCUUUGACGCUCGGCCCAAGGGCGAAGCCCUCUCAACCAAGGCAAAAGAGGGCGGCCAUGAAAAUAAAAGUUUCUAUCCCAACACUGAGCUGAUUUUUCUGGACAUUCCCACCAUCCACGUGAUCCGGGAGUCUUUCAGGAAGAUUAUGGCCGUCAUUUAUCCUAUUAUCGAUGACGCCCACUGGCUUUCUGCUAUUGACCAGACUCACUGGCUGGACUAUAUACGGCUGUUAUUAUCAGGAGCAAUGAAGAUAGCUGAUAAGCUGGAAUCUGGAAAAACAUCCGUAGUGGUUCACUGCAGUGGUGGCUGGGACAGAACCGUCCAGCUCACGUCUCUCUCCAUGCUGAUGCUGGACAGCUACUACCGGACGCUACGAGGAUUUCAGGUUCUGCUGGAAAAGGAGUGGAUUAGCUUCGGACACAAGUUUGCUACCCGCGUUGGACACGGCAGCGAGAGCCAUGAUAAUGACGAGCGCGCCCCCCUGUUCGUCCAGUUUAUCGACUGUGUCUGGCAGAUGACCCGACAGUUCCCUACUGCCUUUGAGUUCAACGAGCUGUUCCUCGUCACCAUCCUGGACCAUCUCUACAGCUGCCUCUUUGGCACCUUCCUCUGUAACAGUGAGCGAGAGAGGGUAGACCAGGAGGUUCAAAGCAAGACGGUGUCCCUGUGGUCCUACAUCAACAGCCAGCCCCACGAGUUCACCAACCCGUUCUAUGUGGACUAUGAGAACCACGUCCUCUAUCCGUUGCUGUCCUCCAGACACCUCGAGCUGUGGACCAGCUACUACGCCCGCUGGAACCCCUGCAUGAGACCACAGGCACCAGUGCAUCAGACGCUGAAGGACUUACUGUUCCUUAGAGCAGAGCUCCAGAGAAGGGUGGACGAGCUGAACGUACAGAUGCCCUCCUGCUACCCAUCUUCCUCUGAACAUCCAACCCCCCACGCGUGCCCCACAGGAACCCCACUUCACUCUGCUUUUUAGGACUCUCAAGUGUCCCUUCCACAGUGUUAAACCAGCAAAUGAAAUACUGGGUCUAGUGCUGCUUUUGUUCAUCAUAUGUUUCAAAGUUUUUUUUCCCAGCCUGACCAAUGUUAAUUGUCAAGUAACAAAAACUAUGU